ACAAAGAUGGCCGCAAGGCGAGCAAAGAUGCGAACUUAACAAAAUAAUAAUAUUUCAGCGCAUGCAUCGAAGGGAACCAUUCCUAUGUGGGUAGUGACGCAUUUUGGAAAUUUUGUAACAUGGUUGAAAGGGAGAUUCGCUUUUCUCACGCAUGUGAGGUAUGAUUGUAGCUCAAUAGGCAGCGUAUACCUGUGGAUUUACACCUGUUUUAAUCUCAAACAAACAACAAUAAUUAUCUAUCUUGCAGCAUUUACUUGUGAUCAGCUUGUUACUUGUUAUAAUCCUGAGCUUGAAAUAUAACUUAUUUUAUAAAUAUGUUGUUUCUGAGGAAGAGUUAGUUGCAUUUGGUUACCUAUAUCGGAACGAAAUAAUUCAGAAUAAUUCUUUUCUGUAUAAUAUACUGUAAAAUCGACGUUUCUUACAGUAACAAGAAGAAAGUUGUGGGAAAAGAUAUCCAGAUAAGGACUUUCCUCUUGCAUUUUAACAGUCGUCUUUAAAUAGGAGCAUUCAUUUCAUAUUCUAGAGAAACAGAUUCCUGGUCCUUCUAUUAAGUUUCAACUAUUUUUACUUUUCCUCCACCAUCUUUCUUGUUCUACAAACCCUUUUAUUCCCAAGACAUGAUGUUAUCGACAUUGCUGAUCCUAGCAGUAUGUAGGACACCUGUCAUAUGAACUUGUAAUAGACAUCAUUCACUGUAGUCUUUGCGGCUCAGUAGUAGAGCAUCAGAGUGCGGAAUCUGAAGGUCUGAGGUUCAGUUCCUCAUGGGGACUCAGAAAUUUUCUUUUUCCCGCACUCAUGACAAGACAAACAUCUUACUCUAUUUGUUAACUGAGCUCAAAAAUUACCAUUUCUCUUAUAUUACUUAUCUGAUUGUUAAUUCUCCCUUCUAGCUGCUAUGAUUUUCCUUUUAAAUUACUUAUGACAAUUUGGUGUUAGAUCAAGAUGACAACUUAUGCUUGAUAAGUUUGGGCAUUCUUAUUACAAUGUACCUGUUUGCUGGAUAUUGUAUGGAUAUCAAAAAGAGAAAAUACAUGUAAAUCACUUCUGGGGGUUAAAGGGUGACUCAAUAGAAGGUUGCUCAUCAUAGCAGUUUUAUGCAAGGUGCAUGUGGUUCAAUGAUAGAGCAUGGGAGUGUCAAAUCCAAAGGCCUCAGAUCCAUUUCCUCAGAAUUCUUUCUGUGUUCUGUGCUCAUGUAUAAAAGAAAAACAUCUUUCUUUUUUCUCCCUGAGUUAGAUAGAAAUUUCAAUUUUAGGAUGGUAUCCUGAAUCACAUUUAAUUUUCUUUUGCAGGUCACGUAGGAAUACUUUAAUUGUCAUUGCUAUUUUUACUGUGUUUUUUAUAUGGACCAUAUCACGAUUCAUGCCCCACCAUAGACAGGGACAGCUUCCUGAAGCACCUGGUAAGCAUACCUAUCAGAUUUUGAUCUUGCAGCUAAUUAUUUCUUUUAAGGAUAAUGGAAUUUGAAAUUAAGUCUUGAAAUUGAAAUUAAUGCAAAUCAAGCAAAGAAUUACAGUACUCUCCAAUAAAGGAUUAGGCUGGUAAUAGUAGAACUUACAUUUCAGAAUGAUAGAAAUUAAUGCACCAUACACCAAGUAACAGGAUAAGUAGAGACAAUAGAAACAAAAUCAUAAUAAAAACUGUUCUGAGUGUAGAGUGCAAGCAUUGUUCAUGGAACUGUUUUUUAACAUGGUUGUAAAACAAUGAAUUUUUACCAUCUCAAAGCAUUCCAUACAGUGUUUGUGACACCAGUUUUGAAAAAGUACCAUGUGCAUGCUGUUUAAAGCUCUUGUGUCAUAUUAAUUUUGCUAAAAAUGCUCGGAGCAAGUUGAGACUUUUCUGGCUGAAAUCAGAGAUACAUGUAUAAAGAGAGGAGAAGUUCAUGGAAAACAUAUCUAAUGACUCAAAAGCAUUAAAAGAAAUUAAGGCUAAAAAGAAUUAAAACAGUAUGCAUUGUUCAAACACAUGUUGUACCAGUCUGAUAGAUUGGCAAGAACUUGAAUAUUACUUCCUUUACCUUGGUAUAAAAAAAUUAAUGUACCUCAUGAAACAUUCAAAUAAUUGUUAAUGUUUCUUAAUAUGUACAUUAUACACUGUUCUUUCAUGUAGCAUAUGAUAAAGUCUGUCUUAGUGAUGUUUUGGAAAAGUGGAAACAAGCAGCUGCAGAUGGUGAUGUGGUGAUAAUCCACAAACCACGUGAAAAAUCAGAAAAUCCAUACUUACCUUUUGUUGGUAAAUAUAACAUGGUUGUCUAUUACUUGUAUUUAUUGUCUCUCAUCUUUAUACAUUUUUAUUACCCAACACCAUCAUAUGUUUUACAGAUAAGGAACCUAAUAAUUGCCUUCUCUAUUAUUUGAAACAUAAUUAGAUGCAUGUACCCUUUAGUAAAACUGUGUUGCUGGUUAACAAUUAACAUUUGGUAUCAAUGUUGAUUGUUCACCAGCAUGGAGAUUUUGCUGUGGUUCAGUUUUUAUGGAGACAGGUCCUUGCUGCUGAUAAAAUUACUUCCUUCUUGUGUCACUACCACAGGUGACAACACAAACCUGCAUAUUUAAUGAUUUUAUAAUAAGACAGUUUUUUUGUCUUUUUCUUCUCAGGGAAUGGUAAUGUUGGAGUUGUAGCUACAGACAGUUCUUUUAUGCACAUAGCACUAAUUCAACCCAGCAUGAAAUGGCUUAAGCUGCCAUUCUUCCCUAUUGUAACUGCAAAAGCUUCUAAUGUUCCUAAACCAAGAGGUACAUGUACUGUACAUAUUCAUGCAUUUCUUCAUGAACGGUUGCAUUAAGUUUAAUCUAUUAUAAUUAAAACAGUCAGGGCACCUAGCUUUUUAUUUUUUCUCAAGGUCUCUAGCAUCCUUCAGAUUUUCUGUACAUGCUAGCGAACAUACAACCUACUGGAAAUGAUUUAGGUCUUAAAAUUUAAUAGUAGUUCACUCUUAAGUGUUAGAAUAUAAUUAUGAAAUAAAUAUUGAAUUAUAUAUAUUUUUUUAUUUAUAGAGGCAACAAUUAUUGAUCUUAAGAAAGGUUUGGUUCAUCAACUUCAAACCUACUCCUUUGUAAGUAAAUGUAGUGUGAACAAAUUGCUUAGUUUAUAUUUAAUUUAAUGACAAACAAUUUACUGGUAUCAAACAUGUAUUAUUAUAGUCAGUUAUGAUAACUAGAGACAAUUUUAUGAAUAGCUUUUUAAAUUAUUCCAAGGUUUACAUCUACCCUAACAUUGUUGAUGUUUCUUCUUCAAGUUCCAGUUUUUCAUGACUUGUUAAAUCCAUGACUGAAAAUUUGGAAAAAUAUUAUGAUAGAACAAAGAACAAGAUGUAGUGUUAUGACUGUGAGGCUCAUUUGAUUUCAAGUCAAAUAAAGCAAUUACACCUGUAACUUGACAAUGACCUCAAAGAGUUUAAAAAGUGUCUUUUAUUCAUUUUUUUAUUCCUUCAGUUUACAAAAUAAUUUUUGGACACAUUUAGCCUUAUUUUGCAUGUAAAACUGCGAGUUAUCAUUCCCAAAGAAAACAUACAAAUUAAGGUACAUGGCACAGACUCUAGAGUAAUUUUCAGUUAUUUUUUAUAUUUUUAACUUGAUUAUGAAAAUGUAUUGGAAUUAUUUAUGUUGACAGAGCCAUGGAUGUGUCAUUGUUGAGAAUGUAAUAUAUGCUCAUCGCAGUCAAUCCUCUGUCUUGGUCCAAGAAGUUGUGGUUGUUAAUCAUGGGGUCUGUAGGCAAAUAUUUUGUUUGAUUCUUAAAAUCGUCCCAUUUUCCCAUCAGUGCAAAGACCUGCAUACAGACUUUUCCAUAUUUUGAGAUCAACAGCACACUUUCACAGGCUUUCUCAUUCUUUUUAUUUCAAUUUCAUAACUUUCAAGGAAGAUGGCACAAUUUUAGCUGGUUGUCAGUGAAGAAAAUUGUUGUUCAUUUCUCGUGAACAAUGGACUAAGAUAAAUCUAAAACCUUAUUUUAUAGGAAUUGUGGAUAGAAAUAAAUAGUCUAAACAUGAUAUGUCUACUUUUAAUAAUCAGCAUUCUGGAAUCAAAGUUUUGCUAACACAUGAGGGUGCAAAGGCAUGGAAAGGUUCCACCACUAAAAGUUUGAGGUAAUUGCCAGUUUUGUGCAAAGUGUGAAGACUUUGAUGAGUAUCUUUUUAGGGAAGUGGGAUCCAUUUUCUCUUAAUGAGCAGCCAACAUCAUUUUACAGAGGCAGCAUUCACAUAGAGGAAAAAAAAAAUUCUCUCUUCGAAAGAAAAGGAAUCCUUUGUAUAACUCUAGAAUGAGGUUGGUGUGGGAAGAAAUUUGUUGCGAACCCCUUUAUUUUGCAGAGAAUGGUGUUUAACUUAGCAAAGAAAAAUUUUAUCGGACAAGGUUACAUGAAAAAAUUGGAAAAUUUUCACAAAUGAAAAUAUAUUAUAUUUGUCUAAUGUUUAAUAGAGGGUGUUUGUAUGCCUGUCUUCAUUAGUGUAAGGUGGAGUGCUGAUCUUUGAAAUUGUGUUUAUAUGCCACAUUCAGUGUAUGUAUCUCAGAAGACCAACAAAUGACAAUAAGGAGUAUUCACUUGGUUACAUAUACCUCCUCUACAGUUUUGCCUCACGCUUGGAAUCUGGACAAGCGCAUGGAAAGUGUGUGGAAGACUUCUUUGUUACUGACUUAAUGUGCUCUCCUUUCAGCUUUGAAAGAACCAUGGACCCAUCCAAAGCUCACUACACUCUCUCUCAUGGGCAAGUAGCCCAUGUGGAUAAAUCAGAACCCGACAUCAAUGUCACAGUUGCCACAUCAAGAGUGCCACCAGAAAUGACAGUGCAAGGACAGAGGUCUGAAAAAGGUUUUGUGUGAUAAGUUAAUAAGUGAGAAUAGUAGGUAUAAAUGUACAUGAAUGAAUUAUGUGUAAAUCAUGAGAUGAUUGAUUGUUUAUACUAUUUAUAAGAAUUAUUUUUAACUGAAAAGAAUUCAUAAGGUUGCAAGAUAACGAUAACGAUUUCCAUCGCAAGUAAUCAUCCUGUAAGUCUCAAAAUCUCGAAAACUUUGUCCCUUUGCACUAUGUAUUCAUCCUGGCUGAAAAAAAUUUGGGACUACUUGUAGCCAAAGUUACUGAUCUGACCGACCGUAAUACUCAAUUCGAAGCUUCAGUAAACCCCUGGCAUUUGAAUUCUAAAAGACUGGUCCUUUCAAAUCCCCGCUACGGGCAAAAAUUGCGUUCAAAUGCCCCACUCAAGCACAAUUUUUAUUCAACGAUUCUUUGUGUGAUCCACGAAUGUUGUAGAAUUUCACAAAGUCGUGUAUUUGUUUUUGGCGCUGCUGUUUGGUUUUCCGCUUGUAAGCAUCAUUCUACAUUGUCAAAUUUUUCUACGAAGCCACACUGAAAUGUUCCUAUGAGACCCAGAUACCUUCAAAAAUGUUUGACCAAAAAACCUUAAUACCUGUAAUUUUCGCAACUGAUAAUUUCUGAGUUAUUCUAAGAGUGCUUUCGUUUUCUUCCUUGUAGUACUGGAAUUUUGCGUCACUUAACAGUUGUACACACAUCAAGUUUGUUUGGUCAAAAACCGGCGCCGCGUGUGAAUAUUGAAAAACUCCAGGAGGACGCAGAAAAGGUAACGAAAUCAAACACAAGACUAAGAGAUGGCAACGCUGGGGGUUUUUUAUGCUCAAGCUUCUUACUAACAAUCAUUUUUAAUUAGCUUUACGCGCCCGUGUCUCUAACAUGUAUUCGGUAACUCCUGUUUAUUUACAAGUUUAGAAGUACCUUGCUUUGUGGGUAAGCAAGGUCUCUCUGAACGUAAUGUGGUGUAAGGAUUGUUUUGAAAACUAAUCAAAGGAAUCAGUGAAAACUAAAGGAAUUUUUUGUGAAUUUCCAAUUUAUUCAUUUCAGUUUUUUUCACGCUACAGGAACUCCGAGCUCUUGUCUCCUUAGACAGUCCAGAAUCAUUGAGAGAAUCUCACAGCACAGCUUGGAAAGAGGUAAAGAACUAUCUCAUCAAUUUCUACCGUUUUUGGUCUGAAAUAAUGCACAUAUCAUCUUCUCCAAAACAUAACUUAUUUUGCGUUGUAACUGAAUUUGUCAUUUAUCUUACUUCUCAAGAAAUUAUAUUCUUUGAAAAAGAUCGAUUCAUGUUUUAAUUUACGCUUUAUUCAUAUGAUAAGAUAAAAUGAAACGUGGGGCCGGGGCUGAUGAUCAUCUGAUCAUGUAAGUUUUUUUGUCCCAAGUACGGGAAACCUCCUCCUCAGUCCUUUUACUCUCUGGUUUCUUCUUGCGAUGUCACCCCUGAAUCAAACAUUAGGAUCAUGAGAGUAAAGGACAUGAAUACCAACAAAAGGAGCUCUGGAUUGCUAACAAAUUCUCCUGGUUAGCAUCAUAGGAAUUGUAUAGAGAAUAGUUUGGAUAAUAUGUAUACUGAUGUUAGGGUGUAAAGGGUUAAAAGCUAAACCAACAGUACCAUGUUGUUUUAAUUCACUAGUUGACUGAGACAGGUUUGUUUGUGGAUCCUCGACAUGAUCCUGACACACCCUCUGGUUUGGAAGUCAACACUACAAUGUACUAUGUCUUGUCGUCUUUUCCUUCCCGUGUCAAUGGAGCAUCAAAUCCUCAGGCACACAAGGAUGAAAUGGAAAAACUUCUUCAUAUUCCAGAUCACUGCUUUGGUGGCCCACCCACGAUGUAAGUGUGCCCGUGACAGUGCGUGACUAGAGUGCACUUUAGACGAGAGAUACACACAGGACUACAUGUGACUACCGUGUUAGUUUUCAUAUCAGUUAUUGUUUCUUCCUUGUCUUCACAGGCACUCGGCUUCACUUUGGCCCAUGCCCCGGACCGAGUCAGGUGUUACUAAAAUAGCGGCCUUAUGGCAGAGACUGUUGGAGCAGAAUGGAUGCAGUGCACUUGUAAAAGCAGGUACUGGGUGAAGAUUUUUAUCUUUUUCGUUGACAACGUGUUUGUCCUAUUUUUCGCCCUUCCUUGCCUUUCGAUCCCAAAGGACAUUAUCGAAAAGUGAUCAAUACUGUAGGACUGUCAUGGGAACUCGGUUAAUUCCUAGGGGGCUUUUUCUGUUCUUUCCCGUGGGAGGAGAGGGGAGGCGUGCAAUGGGCUUUAAACCACAUACAGAAGGAUUAGAAAUGCUGGGAAAACAGCAAUAACGUAGGUCACUUGGCCGAGGUUAUCGUGACAGCCUUGGUAACAGUUCCAGGCGUAUUCCAUGCUAGGAACAAGUGCUGAAUGUUAAGUACUCAAAGUACUCAAAGUGCUCUCUUGACCAAUUGUACUUCUUUGCAAUAAUUUAUUUGUUAUUUUCUUUAUCCUUUUUGAGGUGCCGUUGGUAUCAACCAAGCCAUCACGCUCAGUUUUGGAGGCCUGCAGUUCUCCGCCGGACAUUUUGAAUUCGCGGCAAAUCCCGCCUCACUACAUACAACAAUCGUGUUCCGUCAUAUCCACCUGUAUGAAGAUAUGGACAUUUAUCUCACCGUGUUGGUGAAUGCUGAAACUGGACAUGCAGAAAAGCUUCUGGUUAAACCCGUUAAGGGAGGCAAGACGCCUCUUUACGCAUGCGAAGCAGGCUGCCAGUAUGACCCUGUGGAAGUCGGGUUAGUAGUAAAGCCUGCUCGAUGUGUCACGAAAUUGUUCUAGCAAAAAAUGAUUGUGAGAAUGUCGCGUGGCCUUAGACUCUUUGGCAUUUUGAGUUUGUGAUAGACAACGUAAUUGAAUUCAAAAUAUGAGUUGAUCUUAGAAACUUGUGGUGGUGGAUAUAAACUGACCAGGAAAAAAGUUGAAGGAUCGCUCUUUUUAGAGUGACAAGUUUGUAUUUCUAAAAUGGCAUAUCGAAUGAAACCUAUCUUUGAAAAACUAGUGUUAGAAUUCCAAAUUUGAUAUAGAACUCUUUCUUUUUCGGUUUUUUAGAAUCCCUUUUAAUUAAUGAGUAAUCAAAUAUCAGCACAAAAUGUGCUUGUCGUCUUUUCUAGACCAGAACAAAUGUCAUGUCUUUAAUUUCAGUGAGGCCGAAGUGACUUUCCCGGUUCGUAUGACCAGACCUGUCACACCGCUGCUGUACAUAUCUCAUAACAAGUCUGAGCUAUUGGAGCUUAGAAAACACGUUUUUAUUAAGGAUGCACAUGAAGGUAAGAACAACUUUGUAGAACAUUACUGUUACCUGCAUGGAUGGACAUAUGAAAAAAACAGUCCUUAUUAAGAUCUAAGACGGAACAGACCAAGUGAAGGCAUAUUAGAAAUAAUAAAUCUUUAUAAUAUCAAAAAGAGUCAAUGAGAAUUGAAGGAAAAAAGUACUUGAAGGACUUCAAGCUGGGAAAAAUUCAGAUUACCAAAUCUCAGUCGGUUUUGGUUUGGUGUAUCUGAUCGUUGUGACACCACAUUACUUUCAACAGCCAAUCCAAAUUACUCCAUCAUGAUGAUAAGAAGUUAAACUGCUUUCAAUGAAACCGUUUAACCCUAAGGGUUCUCCUUAAUUUACAAAUUGAAAAUUAAGCGCGUUCUAAUUACGGGAAAUAUCAAUGGAGUAUGCUGUUGAAACCGUCUAGUGAGAUGUAUUCCCAAAGAUGUACAGUAUUUGUUUCCCCAGGGGUGCAUAGUUCAUUGUCGUUACAUUUUGUUUAAUUGAAUAUGUUUCAAUUUUUCUAGAAUCGCUCAAGAAUCAUCAUGUCCAUCGCCGCGCAGGGCUCCCGGCAAAGUUCUGGGUUACGAUAGCUUUUCUAAUCGUUGGCUUUCAUCUCUACUUGGCAAAACUAAUUUACUCAGAAUGCUUUAAAGAAAAAGACAUUGUGCGAUCAAAGAUCUACAUGAGCUGACGUCAAAACAACAUUUAGAAUUACGAAAUAUAUGAUUAUCUGGGACACAAUGGGAGUGGUUUUACUAUUGGAAAAAAAUGAUAAUCUCCGGGACCUUUGACCUGCUUGUCCUCUUUUGCUUCUGGUAUUGAGUAGAAAAAUAGGAUGCAGAUGUCAAAGAACUCCGCUUGAUGACUCACUGAUAUUUCGCUCUGACUCCCGCCCUGUGGUAAAAACCGGGAAAGGAAGGAGAAGGACCAUUCUGACGAAUUAUAAAGAAGGCAUAGAAAAAAUUAAACUUAGGGAAUUUUUAAAUGCAUAUGAAGAGACCUUACUACUGAGGCACGUCUCUGGUUCAGUUUAUUGUGACAUAUUUAAUUAAACUUAGGGAAUUUUUAAAUGCAUAUAAAGAGACCUUACUGCUGACUCACGUCUCUGGUUCAGUUUAUUGUGACGUUUUUCAGUGGGUAGAUUUUUCAAAGAACCACUUUUUAACGUAACGAGAUGCUCAAAAGGUGUACAUUUUAUUUCAUAAUCUCAUUCUCUACCAAAUAUUUCUUAGUGGGAUCGAAUAUGAGGUACUAAGGAUGUAUGGUAGGUAAUUUUACCGAAUGACUGAGCACGCAGCGUAGAUCCCAACGAACAGAAUACUAGAUGAAACAUCUAAUUAUUACUGUAAAAUGAUGUUAGCUCCUGGUCUUAAAGAUCUCUUUUUGCACGCUACAUAUGAUUACCCUUUGUUGGCGAGAACAGCCGUGAACAUUGCCGUCAUUAGGAUUGUACACCCAACAGGUCGUACCAAAGCUCUCUUCUUUUGCAAUAAAUAAAUUACG